AGCUUUCCUCUUCCACUUCAAGAGAAUGGGGCGUCUAUUACUAUUAUGGCUUACUCAUUUUCUCUGCUGUCUUUUGUUUCACUUGCAUUUCCAAAGCUUUUUCUUCUUUAUCUUUUUCCUCCAAUUCCUCCUCUUCACCAAUGCUUUGCCAACAUGACCAGAGUCUUGCCUUGCUCCAAUUCAAGAAAACCUUGAUCAUGCCCUGGUAUUCUCCUUGCCUCACAGAUUCUUGGAAAGAAGGCACAGAUUGUUGCUGGUGGGAUGGGGUCACUGGCGACAUGGAAACAGGUAAUGUAAUUGGCCUUGACCUUUCUGCUAGCUUGUUCUCUGGUACCACCCGUUCUAAUAAUAGUCUUUUCUUCCUUCGUCAUCUCCAAAAGCUUGACCUCUCUUACAAUGCUUUCACACUAGAAACCGCUUUUUUCAACAUGCUUGGUCAAAACCUAACCAAUUUACAGGCAUUGGACUUGAGUCAAGUAGACUUGUCUUUGGUUGCACCUAGUUCCUUGAUGAAUUUGUCUUCUUCUUUGACAUCUCUCGAGCUUAGAACAUGCUCCUUGCAAGGGAAAUUUCCAGAUAUCAGUCAUCUAUCUGAAUUGGCUCUGCUUGAUCUUUUUGGGAACAAUAGUCUGAUACUAGAUGCAAUGACUUUUGACAAGCUUGUUCAAAAUCUAUCCAAGCUAAGAGAAGUAGACUUGAGUUAUGCAAACAUGUCUUUUGUCCAACCUAGUUCCUUAAUGAAUAUCUCUUCUUCUUUAUCAAACCUCCUUCUCUCGUUUUGUGGAUUGAAAGGGAAACUUCCAAACAACAUAUUUCAACUACCAAACCUCCAAUCCCUGAAUUUAGCGGGCAAUGAUGGUCUCACUGGUUCCUUACCUCCGCAUAAUUGGAGUAACUCCCUCCACUCCUUGCAUCUUUCCAAGACAAAAAUUCCAAUAUAUUUAGACAAUGAUUUUAUCAGUAAUUUAAAGUCAUUGAAAAGUUUGGGUCUCAGUUCUUGCAACUAUAGAGUUUCAAAUUUGGAAUUGUUAGGUAACCUGACUCAACUCACUGAGCUAGACCUUUCCCAUAAUAAUUUUAAUGGUCAAAUUCCAUCGUCACUGGGGAACCUGAAGCAACUCUUUUCACUUGACCUUUCCCAUAACAAUUUCAAUGGUCAAAUUCCAUUUUCACUUGGGAAUCUUGAGCAACUCGUUUCACUUGACCUUUCCUAUAACAAUUUCAAUGGUCAGAUUCCCUCAUCGUUUGAAAACCUGAAACAACUUCACUUUUUAUGCUUCCAAAACAACAAAUUCAGUGGUCAAAUCCCUAAUUAUUUUGUGAACUUCUCACAGCUUCAUUUUUUAUAUUUAUCAAAUAAUCAAUUUACAGGGCCCAUCCCUUUCCAAGUAGGCAGGCUUUCAAGUCUUUUCGAUCUCGAUUUAUCCAAUAAUUUAUUAAAUGCAACAAUACCACCUUCCCUGUUUACUCUACCUCAGUUGUUCACUUUAAUCCUCAAGAAUAACCAGCUUACCGGUCAUUUAGGUCCAUUCCAUGACGGUUCAUUUGUGCAGAUUGAUUUGAGAAAUAACAAGUUGAAUGGCCCAAUUCCAUGUUCAAUUUUUAAGCUAAACUCUCUCCAAAUUCUCGACUUGUCAAAUAAUAGUUUGAAUGGCCCCAUCCCACAAUGUUCGAGAAAUUUCAGCAGCGCACUUUCAGUAUUGCAUUUGGGCAUGAACAAUUUACAUGGAACCAUUCCUGAAAUAUUUUCAGUAGGUAGCGGCUUGACAUAUUUGAACUUCAAUGGCAAUCAAUUGGAAAGGAGAAUUCCGCUGUCCAUCUCCAACUGUCAACGUUUGCAAAUUUUAGAUCUUGGAAACAAUAAUAUAGAUGACACGUUCCCUCAUUUUUUGGAAACUCUUCCGGAGUUGCAAGUUCUAGUGCUACAGUCCAACAAACUCCAUGGUUUGGUGAAAGAGUCCUUUGCCAAUUUUUCGUUCUCAAAGCUACGAAAGUUCGAUCUUUCCAAUAACAUGUUUAGCGGACCUUUACCUACAGAGUAUUUCAAUAAUUUCAAAGCUAUGGUGAAUGUUGAUGUGACUAUGAAAUACAUGAGUGCACCAAAUUCUUCUUAUGAUUAUUCUGUGCGUCUAACACUCAAAGGAUUGGUGAUUGAGUUAGUGAAAAUACAAACACUUCUUACAACCAUUGAUUUAUCGGGCAAUAAAUUCACAGGGGAGAUUCCACAGUCAAUCGGAAAGCUUAAAUCACUUAAGUUGCUCAACUUGUCUCACAAUCAACUCACAGGUAAUAUUCAAUCGUCAUUAGGGAAUUUGAGCAAUUUGGAAUCACUAGACCUUUCUUCAAAUCUUCUUGUUGGAAGGAUUCCCAUGCAAUUGAAUGAUUUGACAUUUCUGGAAGUAUUUCGAGUUUCACAUAAUCGACUUGAAGGACCUAUACCUGAAGGAAAGCAAUUCAACACAUUCGACGCCAGUUCAUAUGAAGGAAAUCUAGGACUAUGCGGAUUUCCGCUCAAACAAUGUAACAGCGGGAAUUGGCAACAACCAAUAGCAUCAAAAGAAGAUGAUUCCGAAUCUAAAAUUGGAUUUGGAUGGAAACCUGUAUUGGUAGGGUAUGCAUGUGGAGUAAUAUUUGGUGUUGCAAUGGGUUAUGUUGUGUUUAAAACAAGAAAACCUAUAUGGUUUGUGAGGAUGGUUGAAGGUGAAGGGCAUCGAAAGUCAAAAAGAUUCAACAAUUAAUAUUGCUCAUGCAAUAGAAACUUUUCAAUGAAAAAGCUUGUCAGGUAGAUGAAGAAUGAAUAAGAAGAUGCAAAAUUGUUGCCACAUGAAAUGAAGAUACAGUCUCAGAUGGAUCGCACAAUGUGGGGGCAAAUUUAGCACAAUCAUUCUAUCAUGUAUAAACGUAUCUUGUUAUGCUUCUCUCUCUCCUUGUUUUUCUCUGUGUAAACAUUUUCUUCGAUAAAUAAAGUUUUUGUAUGUCUGAGAUUA